AGAAGUUAGUGUUUGGAUCGAAGAUCACCAUUCAACAUGACACCAACUCCCCUGAUUUUCCUUUCAGCUUGUUUACUACUUGGCACUCGCACCCUUCCAGCUGUUUGUCGUGCUGUAGAUCUGAGUGUCUUUGACAAAAUUUAUGAUCCUAAUAUCAACACAGCUACUAAUGAAGAGAAUGACCAAUCCCUUUCCUACAUCCUGAAGGAAAAGUUACUCCAAUCUUUUGGGAAAAAUCCCAAGUACGUGCUGAUGUACUCCCACCUACCUCCAGGUUACCUGCAGAUGUUGAAAGAUAUCUUUGCUAAAGAAGCCAGUCGUUUCCUUCGUGAACAUUCCUUAAAUGCAAAAAGCCUCAUGUCCACCCAAGAAACUGACCAAGAUAUGGUAGCAGCCUUCGCAGGACGCUCCAAGAGGCCCGUUGACCCACCCAAUUCCUUAGAUCUCACAUUUCAUAUCUUGAGGGAAAUGAUUGAAAUUGCCAAGAAUGAAAAUCAAUGGAUGCAGGCAGAUAACAAUCGUAAAAUUAUGGAGACAGUUGGGAAGUGAUGAAUUUAGAAUCUGUAAUAAGCUCAU